GGCUUCGUUCCUCCCGGCUCCGUUGUGUGAUGCUGCGCGGAGCUUCCACCGCGAGUGGGGCCAACGUCGGGCGCUGGAAUUAGAGCUCCGAGCUGCACCCACCCACCCACCGCGACCACCCGCGUCUCUCCAUGCCAGGCUCCGCGGGGAGCUGGAACCUCUCCGGGCAGGACUGGCAUGUCACAGCGGCGUGAGGAGGGGACCUGGCCUGUCCCGGCCACCACCGUGGAGGUGCCCACGCUAGGCAGCGUUGCUCUCCGCCAGCCCGGGGGGAGAAGCCGGGCUGUGGCCCCUUUGGAGGGCUGGGAAGGGGCUGGAGAGCCGGAGCCCCGUUUGCGGCAGCAGAGGAGCGCUGUGUACCGGCUGCACUGGAGGAAAGCGGAGCCCAACGGGGAUGGAUGUGCUGUGGCUGUGAAAGGAGCUUCAGUGUGGAAGGGGGAGCACCUGCCCUUGCCUGGGGUGUGGAUCGACUGAGCAGCACUCAGGUGCAGGGACCUGCUCCGGAGGGUCAGAAGCCGGUGAGAGUGGGAGCACCUGCCCUGGAGGAGACGCUUGGAGAGCGGAGGAAGCUCAGCAUUCCUGAAGCAACGCUGGUGUGGAGCCGGGAGGCGGCUGCUGCACCGCCGGGACGGCGAGACCUCCCGUAGCAUCCCUGUCAAGAGGAUACAGAUGUUGCCGAGGCUGUGAGCCUGAGCGGGGUCCCAUGCUGGUCCCGUCUUCGUCCCAGCCCUGCUCUCGGGAGCCGGCACAUGGUGCUGCUGCAGCUCCCACUGUUCCCACACCCGUAGCGACUUGUCUCUGUCCUGGUGGGUUUGGCCGCACAACUUGAGCUCUCAGCACUUUUGCCGGGGGUUGUUCAGUUUGUUUUCUGCAGGCAGGUGUAGAUUGACACCUCCCAGGCUGGAAGAGGGAUUGCUGAGCACAGGACUGUGCGUGUCCCUCUGGAGCGGGCUCGGACCUCACCCCUAGGCUCUGUCUCUGAGAUGACAGAUGUGGGGACAAACUCUUGCUCCUGAAAGUCCCCUUGGCUCAUCCUGCCCUCAUGUGAGCAGAGGAUGGGAACCUCUGGGAAAACUUAGAUCUUGUGGCUACCAGACACGACUGGGGAUUGGGGAAGAGGAUCUAUGUGAACCUUUGUGGCUCCUCUGCCUUGGAUGGGUCGACAGCAGGUUGAGCUUUGUCCAGCAGCGUGACGGUCGAGCAUGACGGCUUGCCAAUACCCCAUGGCGCCAGGGGCCUUGGAGCGGGACCGGCUGUACCAGCACAAGGUCUCCUUGGUGGUGCGGUAUUUCAUGAUCCCCUGCAACAUCUGCCUCAUCCUCCUGGCCACCUCCACACUGGGAUUUGCCGUCCUGCUCUUCCUCAACAACUACAAGCCCAAUAGUUACUUUACUCAGACACCGCCAACGCCGCGAGAUGCCUGCCGAGGGAUGCUGUGCGGGUUCGGGGCGGUAUGCGAGAGAAGCUCUACCGACCCUUCCCAGGCCUCCUGUGUCUGCAAGAAGACAGCGUGUCCCAUCGUGGUGGCUCCCGUCUGUGGCUCCGAUUAUUCCACCUACAGCAAUGAGUGUGAGCUGGAGAAAGCCCAGUGCAACCAGCAGAGACGGAUCAAAGUCAUCAGCAAGGGACCGUGUGGCUCCAAGGACCCCUGUGCUGAGGUGACCUGCAGUUUUGGCAGCACCUGCGUCCGCUCCACCGAUGGUCAGUCAGCCAAGUGCGUCUGCCCGUCGUCCUGCAGCGGCGUUCCCGAGAGCACGGUGUGCGGCAGCGACGGCCGGGACUACCGCAGCCUGUGCGAGCUCAACAAGCACGCCUGCGACAAGCAGGAGAACGUUUUCAAGAAGUUUGACGGCGCCUGUGACCCGUGUAAAGGCGUCCUCAACGACAUGAAUCGCGUUUGCCGGGUGAACCCCCGCACCCGGAGGGCAGAGCUGCUCCCCCGCCCCGAGAACUGUCCCCCAAAGCGAGAGCCGGUGUGCGGUGACGACGGGGUGACUUACGACAACGAGUGUGUGAUGGGGCGCUCGGGGGCCAUCCGGGGACUGGAGAUCCAGAAGGUGCGUUCAGGGCAGUGCCAGCACCAGGACAAAUGUAGAGAUGAGUGCAAGUUCAACGCCGUCUGCCUGAACCGCCGUGGCACCGCUCGCUGCUCCUGUGACCGCAUCAAUUGCGACGGCUCCUACCGGCCCGUCUGCGCCCGCGACAGCCGCACCUACAGCAACGACUGCGAGCGCCAGAAAGCUGAGUGCCACCAGAAAGCUGCCAUCCCAGUAAAGCACAGCGGACCCUGUGACCUGGGCACCCCCAGCCCCUGCCUGAGCGUGGAGUGCACAUUCGGGGCCACCUGCGUGGUGAAGAACCAGGAGGCCGUGUGCGAGUGCCAGCAGGUCUGCCAGGGCCGCUACGACCCCGUCUGCGGCACCGACAACCGCACCUACGGCAACCCCUGUGAACUGGACUCCAUGGCUUGUGUCCUCAAGAGAGAGAUCAAGGUCAAACACAAGGGGCCCUGUGACCGUUGUGGCAAGUGCCAGUUUGGGGCCAUCUGCGAGGCGGAGACGGGAAGGUGCGUGUGUCCCACUGAGUGCGUCCCCUCCUCCCAGCCCGUCUGCGGCACCGACGGCAACACGUACGGCAGCGAGUGCGAGCUCCACGUCCGGGCAUGCACACAGCAAACCAACAUCUUGGUGGCUGCCCAAGGAGACUGCAAGUCCUGCGGCAGCACCGUCUGCUCCUUCGGCAGCCGCUGCGUGGCCGGGCAGUGCGUGUGUCCCCGCUGCGAGCGACAGCCCCUCGCUCGCGUCUGCGGCAGCGAUGGCCUCACCUACGACAACCCGUGCGAGCUGCAAGUAGCCUCGUGCCAGCAGAAGAAGAGCAUCGAGGUGGCCAGGACGGGGCCGUGUGAGGACGAGUGCGGCUCAGGGGGCUCUGGCUCCGGGGAUGGGAGCGAGUGUGAGCAGGACCGGUGCCGGCAGUACGGAGGCUGGUGGGACGAGGAUGCAGAGGACGACCGCUGUGUCUGUGACUUCACCUGCCUGGCGGUGCCACGCAGCCCGGUGUGUGGCUCCGAUGGUGUCACCUACACCAAUGAGUGUGAGCUGAAGAAGACACGGUGUGAAAAACGUCAGGAUCUCUAUGUCACUACCCAAGGAGCCUGCCGCGCCCUCGCCACCACUCCACCGCCUCUCCUGGUUGUGCACUGCAGCCAGACCAUCUACGGAUGCUGCCCAGACAACGUGACCUUGGCACUUGGAGUGGGCGCAGCCGGAUGCCCAAGUACCUGCCAGUGCAACCCCUAUGGCUCCUACGGAGGAGCCUGCGACCCCACGACGGGGCAGUGCUCCUGCAAACCCGGCGUGGGGGGGCUGAAGUGCGACCGCUGCGAGCCUGGCUUCUGGAAUUUCCGUGGCAUCGUCACCGACGGCAAGAGCGGCUGCACGCCCUGUAACUGUGACCCGGUGGGCUCCGUGCGCGACGACUGCGAGCAGAUGACUGGACUGUGCUCCUGCAAGACGGGGAUCACCGGCAUGAAAUGCAACCAGUGCCCCAAUGGCAGCAAACUGGGCAUGACUGGCUGUGAGAAAGACCCGUCAGCCCCAAAAUCCUGCGAGGAAAUGAGCUGUGAGUUUGGGGCCUCGUGCGUGGAAGUCAACGGCUUUGCCCACUGCGAGUGUCCGUCCCCGCUCUGCUCGGAGGCCAACAUGACCAAGGUGUGUGGCUCUGAUGGUGUCACCUAUGGGGACCAGUGCCAGCUGCAGACCAUCGCCUGUCGGCAGGGGCAGGUCAUCACGGUGAAGCACAUGGGGCAGUGCCAUGAGUCCAUCACUCACACAAGCCACACCGCACCACCCACACCACUGCCCACGCUGCCCUUGGACAAAUUAAUCCUUCCUCCACCAUUGCGGUUCACCACCCGGGCUCCAGAACCCACCGAGCUGGCUACCACCUCCCUGCUGUUGGAAGCCAAGCCUACAGAAAGAGGUCACCCUACAACGAGGCGCAUCACGACUGCCAGACCAGCCACCACACCGUGGGUGACCCACGGGGCAUCUCAGACCACGGUCCGGCCGCUCUCCACCGCACCGGUGGUCCUGGCCACCAGCCAGCCGGCCUACGCUGAGUCAGGCAGCGCAGAAGGGAGCGGAGACCAAGAGAUGGGCGCCAGUGGAGACCAGGAGUCGAGCGGGGCAGGUUCUGCUGGGGAAGAGGAGGUGGAGGAAAACCAGGUAACAUCCACCCCAGCCAUCGAGAGGGCGACGUGUUACAACACGCCGUUGGGAUGCUGCUCGGACGGCAAGACGGCGGCUGCUGAUGCCGAAGGCAGCAACUGUCCAGCUACCAAAGUCUUCCAAGGAGUCCUCAUCUUGGAGGAGGUGGAAGGCCAGGAGCUGUUCUACACCCCUGAGAUGGCUGACCCCAAGUCAGAGCUCUUUGGCGAGACGGCCAGGAGCAUCGAAAGUGCGCUGGAUGAGCUUUUCCGCAACUCCGACGUGAAGAAGGAUUUCAAGAGCAUCCGUGUCCGAGACCUGGGGCAGAGCAGCGCUGUCCGUGUCAUCGUGGAGUCCCACUUUGACCCAGCCACUUCCUACACGGCAGCUGAUGUCCAAGGGGCCCUGCUGAGGCAGAUCAAAGCUUCCAAGAAGAAGACCAUUCUGGUGAAGAAGCCCCAGCAGGAACAUGUCAAGUUCAUGGACUUUGACUGGAUCCCCAGGCUCUUCACCACGACUGUCACCACAACUACGGCCACCACCAUGGCCCCCGCCACCACCCGCCGGUACACCACGGCCGCCGCUGCCACCACAGUCCAUGUCCUGCGCCCGGAUGCCGCCGGCCGAGCCAGCAGUAAGGUGGCAGUCGCCGUGAGCACCAGGAGACCCCCGUCCACCCUGCCGGCCACCACCCGCAGGAAGCCCACCCGCCUGCCACCCGUCACCAAGAAACCCGCCCGGCCCUGCGACUCCCACCCCUGCCUGCACGGCGGCACCUGCGAGGACGAUGGGAAGGAAUUCACCUGCAGCUGCCCGGCAGGCAAAGGAGGAGCCGUCUGCGAGAAACCUAUCAGGUACUUCAUCCCCAGCUUCGGUGGCAAGUCCUACCUGGCCUUCAAGAUGAUGAAGGCGUACCACACGGUGCGCAUCGCCAUGGAGUUCCGCACGGUGGAGCUCAGCGGGCUGCUGCUCUACAACGGCCAGAACCGCGGCAAAGACUUCAUCUCCCUGGCGCUGGUCGGCGGCUUCGUGGAGCUCAGGUUUAACACCGGCUCUGGCACAGGCAUCAUCACCAGCAAGGUCCGCGUUGAGCCUGGCAGGUGGCACCAGUUGGUGGUGAACCGCAACCGGCGCAGCGGCGUGCUGUCCGUGGACGGGGAGCCCCAUGUCAGCGGGGAGAGCCCCACCGGCACCGACGGGCUCAACCUCGACACCGACCUCUUCAUCGGGGGAGUGCCGGAGGAUCAGAUGGCGGCGGUGGCAGAUCGGACCACAGUUACGACGGGUCUGAAGGGCUGCAUCCGCCUCCUGGAUGUCAACAACCAGAUGUACGACCUGCGGGAGAAAGGCAGCGACGUGCUGUAUGGCAGCGGGGUGGGCGAGUGCGGCAACGACCCCUGUCACCCCAACCCCUGUCACCAUGGGGGCAUCUGCCACGUCAAGGAGGCAGAGAUGUUCCACUGCGAGUGUCUCCACACCUACACCGGCCCCACGUGUGCUGACGAGAGGAACCCCUGCGACCCAUCUCCCUGCCACGUCUCUGCCACCUGCCUGGUGCUGCCGGAGGGGGGGGCCCUGUGCGCCUGUCCCAUGGGCCGGGAAGGGGACUUCUGCGAGCGAGUGACCGAGCAGGACCACACCGUGCCCUUCCUCCCCGAGUUCAAUGGCUUCUCCUACCUGGAGCUGAAUGGGCUGCAGAGCUUUGUUCCUGACCUGCAGGACAAAAUGUCCAUAGAAGUCGUGUUUCUGGCCAAGAAUCCCAGCGGCAUGAUCUUCUACAACGGCCAGAAGACAGAUGGCAAAGGGGACUUUGUCUCUCUGGCUUUACAUGAUGGUUACCUGGAGUACAGAUAUGACCUGGGCAAAGGGGCAGCUGUGCUCAGGAGCAAAGAGCCGGUUCCCCUCAACACCUGGAUAAGCGUCUUGUUGGAGAGGAACGGGCGCAAAGGCGUCAUGAGGAUCAACAAUGGCGAGAGGGUGAUGGGAGAGUCGCCGAAAUCCCGUAAGGUGCCUCACACCUUCCUGAACUUGAAGGAGCCAUUUUACGUGGGAGGAGCCCCUGAUUUCAGCAAGCUGGCUCGAGCAGCUGCCAUCUCCACCAGCUUCGAUGGAGCUGUGCAGAGGAUCUCGGUCAAGGGGGUGCCGGUGCUGAAGGAGCAGAACAUCCGCAGUGCCAUCGAGAUCUCCACCUUCCGAGGCCACCCCUGCACCCAGAAGCCCAACCCUUGCCAGAACGGAGGCACCUGCAGCCCCCGGCUCGAGAGCUACGAGUGUUCCUGCCAGAGGGGCUUCUCCGGGGCGCACUGCGAGAAAGUGAUCAUUGAGAAGGCUGCCGGUGAUGCAGAGGCCAUUGCGUUUGAUGGCAGGACGUACAUGGAGUACCACAAUGCCGUGACAAAGAGCGAGAAGGCUUUGCAGUCAAACCACUUCGAACUCAGCAUCAAAACAGAAGCCACCCAGGGGCUGAUUCUGUGGAGCGGGAAGGGGCUGGAGCGAUCGGACUACAUCGCCCUGGCCAUAGUGGACGGCUUCGUCCAAAUGAUCUACGACCUGGGCUCCAAACCAGUCGUCCUGCGAUCCACUGUCCCCAUCAACACCAACCAGUGGAUUCACAUCAAAGCGUACAGGGUGCAGAGAGAAGGUUCCCUUCAAGUUGGCAACGAAGCCCCCAUCGCUGGCUCUUCCCCGCUCGGAGCAACACAGCUGGACACAGACGGGGCCCUGUGGCUGGGGGGGAUGGAGAAGCUGAGCGUGGCUCACAAGCUGCCCAAAGCCUACAGCACUGGCUUCAUCGGCUGCAUACGGGACGUGAUUGUCGACCGCCAAGAACUGCACCUGGUGGAGGACGCUUUAAACAACCCCACGAUAUUACACUGCUCAGCCAAAUAGACCCCCAGAGACCCUUCCUUCUCCCUCCCUCCCUCCCACCUAUUGCUGUAAUUAUUUUCUAUUUUUGUAAACUUAUUGCUUUUUAUAUUUUGGGGGGAGGGGGGAAAGGGAGGGGAGGAAACACCUUUUCUUUUGGGUUAUUUGUUUGGUUGCAGUCUAUCCAGGUCAGUCAGACUCUAAUCAAACAGCAGUGACAAAGAACAAACCUUGAACCAAGUCUCCAAGAAGUGACAGAAGAACUUCCCCAUCACACCCGCGUUGUAAAUCUUAUUCAUACUUGAAGCUUCUUUUUUUUGGGGGGUUAUUUUUCCCGCUCCUUACUUGUGUUCUUGGGUUGUUGUUCACACCUGUGGGGGAAAAGGAUGCUGGUGCUGGCGAGAUGUGUGGCCUUCAUGGAUCCACCACCUUCCCAUCUCAUUCCCGGCUCCAAAGCCGCCUCUGCCGUGGUGGCCGAGCAGGGACGUGACCACCAGCAGCAGGAAUUGUCACCCUGCUUGGGCACUGCCAAGCCUUGUCCUGGCCCUGUCUUCACCCCAUCUCCCUCCUCCCCUCCUUCCUCUCACUAUAAUUUAUGUGUGUAAGAAUCUCAAGUGCUUUCCUCCUUUAUGCUCUGUUAAAAUCAGGGAUGCCAUGCACUGGAAGAGAGACCAAGGUCUGCUCUGAGCAGGCAGAAAAGCAUUGCUCUUUGGUUGUCUUAUGACUGUUUGCUGGACUGAGAGGUUCCAGGGGUGCCAAUCUGGAUUUCCCGGUUGGCUCUCCUCCUCCUCCUCCUCCUCUUGGACGUGUGCAGAAGCAGCUGUGAAAUCUCAUUUCCAUGCUUUGUGUUUAUCCAGACGUGUCCUACCCACCUGCUUGUGCCCUGGCUGCUCUUCCCAAGAGCUCCUGUGUCCCCAGAACUUGCAGCACGUCUCCAAGAGCUGGAAAUGUUCUCCCUCUGCGAGGGCACAGGGAUUAGGUCCCAUGUCCUUCCAUGACCCAUGUCCGUUUUGCGGCCUCUGGGCAUGACUUGCCCCCUGUCUCCCAUGAGGACACUUGGGACCCAGCACGUGAAUCUCUACAGCUGGUGUUAGAGCCUCUCCCAUGAUGAAUAAUGGGAAUGUUACCUUUGACUUCACAUUUUUGCGAUGCCUGGUGCAAUGCAGGGUCUUCCACACCGCGAUCAAAGCUCCUCUGAUGUUUCCAACCCAGCAGCAACAGAUGAAAUGGGAAUGGGGUGAGAGUCAGCGUUUGGGAGGAGGGUUGUUUUUUAAGUAUUUUCUUCCUCCGUGCAAAUCUUGAAAGCAAAUACUGUGGUGCCAGUUACAAAGCCAGUAUGUGCGCUUCUAAAUGAAUGUAUGUGUGUUUGCGAGUGCCUGUCAACCCACACACUUGUGGGGUGCAAACACUGAAAAUCCUAUAAGCAGAACAAAGGGAUUGCAGCUGUGAUAGAAAUGACCCCCCUCCCUUCAGCUUCCUUCUCCAUGGGAAGAAUUUACUGAUGCUGUGCAGCAUCUCUGUCCCUUUCCACCCCUGUGAUGUGUCCCUGUCCCACCUGCGAUGGCAGCUGGCACUGUGUGAAACCCGCUUUAUGGAGCGUACAGAAUUAACCUGAAGGAUCCCACCAGCUAUCAGGUGUUCAUUAAUAUCCCGAGUGCCAGCAUUUUGCAGUUUUGCCGUAAUUUUCUAGCACGCUUUGUAGCGCAUCUUCACGGAGUAGCGCGCCCUUUAAAAAUGUUCCUUCUCGGCGCUAAAUUUUGAGCCGCAAGAAGUCAAAUUGCCUUUCUCAGGGUGAGCUCUGAACACGGAUGUAACAAACGUGGUGUAAAACCACUCGGGUUUCUUUUUUUUAUAUUAAAUUAAAGGAAAUCUCUCCCCACUCCCUCUAUGCCUAAUCUAUGGACAUUCCGCCAAUGGUUAUGUAUUUCUGGCCCCUGUGGGUUGGAGCCUCUGAGGUGCAUGUGUGGCAAAUACCACAUUUUAAGUGACAACUGUAUAUAAAUUGUGGUCCUGGUGGGGAGUGCUGUGACUGUGCUGUGAAAGGGAUGGACGCUGCUGGAUAUUUGAUUUGUGGGUUGGGAGGAAAGCGCGAGACCCACGAUCGGUGCUUUGGGAACAUGAAUUGUAGCUGGCUGUGCCAGGUCUGAAGGGAAAGGGGCAAGCGUAGAGGAAGCUGCUAAUUUUCUAAAAUGCCACUGAAAUGAAGCCAGGGUCACUGCAAAAAACAACCAACCACCUAAAAAAACCUCUGUCUGCUUUUGCUGGGGCUUGGAAAUGCCUUAAAACAGGACCUUGCGUCCUCGUCAUCAAGCAUCCUGAACCAAGGUCAGAUUCAGCAGUGCUCCCUAGGGGCUGUGCACUUAACUUCGGCUUUAUUUUUAAUAGCAUUUAUAACAUGUGUAUACAAAAAGAAAAUACAUUGAAUUUGGGUUUUUUCCCUGUUAUUUUUUUUUUUUUUUUUUAAAAAGAUGUCCAUGUGGCUUCAUUUAUAGGGUAAAUUAAUGACCGUUGUGAACUGCUGUAUGAAUUCUGAAGGGCAAUGCACAGUAGAGGAGCAGCAUGAUAUAACCAUUACUAACUUGUGUCUUUCGUCAAUCACCAUGAAAUAAAGUUUGAAAACUAUUGAA